AUCAUAUAUUGAAUAUUUAUAUCGUUGAAUAGUGAUUCAUAACAAAAAAUACAAUUAGACUGGUUUAUUUCGAAAUAACACAGACUUCUGAAUGUCAAGGCUUAAACAACUAACGUCGUAACGUGAAUGAAACUUUUAUUUACUUCAUGCACAUUCAUCUGUUCAGUACACAUGGAAGACAUACUUCAAGUGUAUUGUUAAAUUGCCUAAAAACUCUUAGACAGUCAGAGACAUUUAUAUCAACAAUGUCAGAUUUAACAGCACCUAAACAAACCAUAGAUGGAGAAGAUGCAAUUCAAGAACCUGUUCUCUCAAAAAGAGCCCAAAGAAAGCAGAAGAGGCUUUUUGCCAAAGAAAGAAGAAAGGAGAUGAAAAAACUAACAAAAGGAUUAACAAAUAACAAGCAGAAUCCAGGAUUUGACAAAAGCCUGUUUGAUGCUGCAGAGUAUUAUUUUGAAAAUGGUUUGAGAAAAGUGUACCCAUACUAUUUUACAUUUUCAUCAUAUUGUAAACAGCGAUGGAAUGGUAAAACAGUACUAGACAUCUUUACUAAAGACUUCCAUGGAACAGAAACCGAGGAAUAUAUUGAUGCUAUAGAGAGUGGUAGAGUAACAGUAAAUGGUAAACCAGUAUCAAUUGAUUACAAAGUGAAAAAUCAUGAUUUUCUGGAACAUACUCUUCAUAGACAUGAGAACCCUGUUAGUGGAAGUCCAUUAAAGAUUAUCCAUGACGAUAAAGAUGUUGUAGUGAUUAACAAGCCACCUUCCAUUCCAUGCCAUCCCUGUGGUAGAUAUAGAUUUAAUUCUAUAGCCUUUAUACUAGGCAAAGAAUAUGGAUAUCCUAAUCUUAGAAAUAUUUAUAGAUUAGAUCGCCUGACAUCAGGUGUUUUAAUAUUAGCUAAAACACCAGAAAAAACAAGGCAACUUGAAGAUGAAAUAUUUGGUAAACAUGUACAAAAGGAAUAUGUUUGUCGUGUAGUUGGAGAAUUUCCAAAAGAAGAAUUAACUUGUGAUCAACCACUUGACCUUAUCAGCCACAAAAUUUCCAUGAUGAGGGUAAAAUCUCCUGGUAAACCAAGUAAAACUGUUUUUCAGAGAUUAAGUUAUAACGGAAAAUCCAGUGUUGUCAGAUGUUUACCCUAUACUGGAAGGACACAUCAGAUAAGAGUACACCUGCAGUUCUUAGGUUAUCCAAUAGUAAAUGACCCUUUAUAUAAUAGUCCAGCUUUUGGACCCAAUAGAGGAAAAGGUGGUGAAUUCUGGAAAUCUGAUACAGAGAUCACAGAUGAAAUACAGAAUUUACAUAGUGUUGGUUUAUGGUAUGAUGGAGAAAACCCACUCUAUCAUAAAAGAUUGAAGGAAAUAAAAGAAAAUCAAGUUACUCAAGAGAUAAAAGAAAAUAUAGAUGGUACAAUCUGUGAUGUUAAAAGUACAGAUUCAGAAACAAAGACUGAAAUAGAGAGUUCACAAAGUGGGACCAAAAAAGGUUCUAUUUAUAAUGAUACAGAAAUAGAUAGUUUAGAACCUAAGGAAAAGAAAGCUAAAUUUGAUCAUACAGAGACAGGAGAUAAGAUCGGAUAUAUUGCUGAAGUAACACUGACAGAAAAUUCCUCAGGUUCAGAGGUCAAAUCAGAAUCUUGCUUAGACGAGGAUAAAAUUAUAUGUUGCAAUUCUGAAUCACUUGACAAUGAUAGAGAGGAUUCAUGUUCAGUAACUAAGGUUGGCAUGGAAAGGAAAAUUGUUUAUCCAACUUUUGAUGAAACAAAAUGGAUUCCUAAUGAACAUUGUAGUAGCUGUAAGAGAAAUUAUAUAGAUCCUGGACCAAAGGAUCUUGUCAUGUACCUCCAUGCAUUAAGUUAUAAGGGAUCAGACUGGGGAUUUUGUACAGAAUUACCAGAAUGGGCUAAAGAGGACUGGGUAGAUGACACUUCUCAAUAACAUUAAAUAUUUUAAAAUAAACAAAUUUAAAUUG